UAUAAAGGAGCACUUUUUCGGAGGUUUUUUGCCAAUUUGGGACGAAUUUGCCCCUCAAUUGCAAACAGUGCACACUAAGGCAGCCGGGUAUUUCCGUCUUUUCAGUUUGAUCCAGAAUGGGUGGAUAUUAUCAGCCCACGUCCCCCCUGCUCUCUCAUUUUCCUCUUUCACUUUCGUGGUUGAGCAUUGAGAGAGAGAGAGAGAGAGAGAGAGAGAGAGAGAGACCGAGAGAGGCAGAGAGACAGAAAUCCCCAAAACCUACAAAAUCAUGCAAGGCGAAGACGACAGAUGAUCGAUGAGAUCGUCGAUCGGCGCUGGGUUUUGAUCAUCUUCAUCUCAUCCAGAGAGAUAUUCCGUUUUGCUUCUCAAAGCAGUGCAUAAAGGUUUGUGUCUUCACCAAAAUCGAUCCUUGAUCAUCUCUUCUCCUUCGCUGAUAACCGUGUGUUCCUUCUUCGCAAAAUGAUCCGGUUCAUACUGCUGCAGAACAGGCAAGGCAAGACUCGGCUGGCGAAGUACUACAUUCCUCUCGAGGACUCCGAGAAGCACAAGGUCGAAUUCGAGGUUCAUCGGUUGGUUGUCAGCAGAGAUCCCAAGUUCACCAAUUUCGUUGAGGACCUUGGUAGCAUUGUGGAGAGAGAAGAGUUUGCAGAAGAUUUCGACAAGCAGUUGCGCACAGAGCUCAAGUGGUCUCGAUUGGAGGACACCAUCGUCAAAACCCAUGUCGCCGGUUGGGGUUUCUGGUGUCGACAGGACAACAGACCACCCCAUGCUCCUCCGGUUUCUGAUUGCGGUUUAAUUUCCAUAGUUCAGUACUUGUGCACGAGAUCCUCGCUAGAGCUAUAUUUAAGGAUUCCACCUGUGGAAAGGGCUUAUGAUGAAUGAGAUCAUGACAAGAUCAGUGGAUACUAGAUCAGUUGUUUCAAAAAUGACACUAACCUUAUUGGAGGAUAGUGGAUGGUACCAGACGAAUUAUAACAUGGCUGAUUGUCUUGACCGGCCAAGCAACUAAGGAACUGAAUUUGUUACCACCCCUUGCAAUCCUUGGAAAGGAGCUUACUAUUGCAACACGACGCAGUUGUCAGGCUGUACAUAUAUCAGGGAGGCAGAAGGUUACUGCUCAAUUGUAAGUUACAGCGGGGACCUUCCUUAGAGGGCCCGUUAUUUUCCUCGAGCGAACAAAGGUGUGUUCUUGAGCUUCAAUUCUUAUUUUCUUCGAGGGAAUAUUUAUUUAUUUUGUGUACUUUGGCAUGAGUUCACCCCUGUUAAAGAACUCCACUUCAGUUCCUUUCAGUUCAUAUGAACAAUGUUAGGGCCUCAUAUCUCCCAUUAUGAUGAUUACUCAUAAAAGGUUGAAGAUCGGAAGCUAUAUGAUUUUUCCGUUGGCUUGAUUCCUUUCAACGUCUAAUCUUUUAGGCCACACUAUAAUUUGAACCCGGAAAUCAUUUCCGUCAAUGGACAGACAUUAGGCAUAGAUUCAUCAGUUUUUGCCACGUCAAGUAACAAAGGAACCAUUGUCGAUUCUUGAACAACCUUGACAUACAUAGCUGAAGAGCCCUUUGAUCCUUUUGUUAGUGGUGUAAAUCACGAAAGAGCAAUUCAUUAAAUGUUUGUUCGGCGAUCUAUUGCAGCUGCUUGCCUUCAGAUUAGAUGAUAAAACUUCUCGGUGCUUAUAUUCUUGACUACCUUUCUUCAGGUAUCUUUUCUUUUCUUUUGCAUUUUUUCCAGAUUACAUUGUAGUUGGAGAUACAAUUUGGUUUGUGAUUCUAGAUUUUAUUUUCCUGGUAUGGAACAUGUAAUUUGGAAACGCAUUAUUCGUCUAUCUUUUAUUGAUAGUUGUGUCAUCGUCGAAAAUAUUUGUUACGAGAAAUAUUGAAUGCCUCUUCAACUU